UGACAUAUUCAUAGCGUGUGCGCAGCAUAGAACUGGCGCACAUUAAUACAAAUAACAUGCGUGAACUGCAUAGUUUUGGACGCAUGGCUCUCGUUCCGUAUGUAGAGAAUCCGUUACCUGUGCUUUCCAAACUCCACAAUUCAUCAGCAGAGUUUUAUUUUGCCAACCACAACCUCCGUCUUUCCCAGGACUGGAAAAAGCUUGGGGUUGCAGCAGUUGUGUGGGAUGCAGCAGUUGUCAUGUGCAUGUACCUAGAGUUGGGGCAGGUGGAGUUAAAGGGGAAGGUGGCAAUUGAAUUGGGAGCAGGAACUGGACUGGUGGGGAUUGUAGCAGCACUGCUGGGUGCAAAAGUCACCAUCACUGACAGAGAACCUGCCCUGGACUUCCUCUCUGCCAAUGUGAAGGCCAACCUGCCCUCAGAUUCCCAGGGUGCAGUGAUCGUGUCUGAACUGACCUGGGGUGAGAGACUUGAACUUUACCCGGCUGGGGGGUUCGAUCUGGUGCUGGGAGCGGACAUCGUUUACUUGGAGGACACAUUUGUCCCACUGCUGCAGACUCUGGAGCACCUGUGUUCAGACACCACUGUGGUGUUACUGGCCUGCAAGAUCCGCUACGAGCGAGAUACAAACUUUUUGAUCAUGUUCAAGCAGAAGUUCAGAGUUGAAGAGGUCUACUAUGAGAAACAAAGGGACAUUCAUAUAUAUAAAGCUUGGAAACUGCCAUCCAGGAGGGAUCUGUGACAACUGAGUGCCUUAACUACUCAGUUUUCUUUCAUUGACUGCCUUCUUCUUUGGAAUAAUGUACUGGUUUUGGAUAAGACACACACAAAACAUUUUAAAAUCAUCAAAGAUUACCAGAAACACAUUUAUUACCAGCUGCCAAAAAUGUAAUAUUUGAAUAGCUCUGACAUAAUGCACUGAAUUAUACGAGUUGGUGCUGACAUUUAGAAAUUGUGAAUACAAAAUUCAUGAAAAGCAACAUAAAAAAAGCAUACUAUGUCAUGGCUAUACAUAAUACCUAAAAGAAUACAGUAUGACAUUCCAUUAUCAUGAAAAUAUCCAUUUUGUUCACUGUGUUUUUAAUUUGGUCGUACUUUGCAAUCCUUUUGCAGGGUGUUUGAUAGGUGCAAUCGGGUUGUUCUUGGUGAGAUUUGAUGCUCCACACAACUAAAAACGUCUGAUUACAAUUAAUGUGUGACUAUGCCUUGGUAAUUAAUAAGCAACAAAACACUCAGACACUUUGUGAUUAAUUACUGGUUAGCAGUGUUACUUUCAAGUAAAAUCUUAGAGGCAUCUCACCUUGCAGCCGCAGGCUUUGCCUGUUAGUGCUGCAUGAGACUUUCCUGUCAAAUCAUGUGAAAUGUAGUAGGAUUGUAUAUGCAAGGAAAGUGCGCAUGCCACUUUGUAAUCCUGUAAACAGAAUUUGGAGACAGCCUCUUCUGCUGAUGCCUUAACAGCUGUGGGCCCCUCUUCAUAGAGGCGACCUGGUAUUUCAGAUUCUUAUUUGCAGUUACCAACCUCCAACUGCAGAAUAUUUAUUCUCUCCACUGAAACAGACUUAAUUUAGGCUUUCCCAAUAAAAAAGGUGAAGAUAUUACAUAUUCAAAGACAAUAAAAUACACAAACAUACCAGGCAAUCCCUGAUUCCAGUAAAGGGACGUGUCUCCAAAAUUUGUUUAUAAAUAUGCAGAUAUUCAUCCAUUGCAUAACACGUAAGGCUCUUUUUUUUGGUUUUGCAGGAAUUAAUAAAACAAACUUUAAAAAAUGAA